AUGGAUAGCGACGAUGAAGAUUUUGUGUUUUACGGAACACCCAUAGAACGCGAAGAAGAUGUCACCAGUCGAAAAAAGAAGGCCGUGGCCGGGGCCUCUGGUCAACUUCGAACACUUCCCCCAUGGAAACAAGAGGUUACAGAUGAAGAAGGGAGAAGGAGGUUCCACGGGGCAUUCUCUGGUGGGUUUUCUGCUGGCUACUAUAAUACAGUUGGUUCCAAAGAAGGAUGGACUCCACGGUCGUUUACAUCAUCUCGGAAAAAUAGAGCUGAAUUUAAACAACAGAGUAUCUAUAGCUUCCUGGAUGAGGAUGAAAAAGUUGAAAUGGAAGACCGGUCAGUGGGAAUGUCCAUGCAGUUUGAUACAUUUGGAUUUACGGCUGCUGAGCUUGCUCGCAAACAAGCUGAUAAAGAACAACAAAAGAGACCCUCAGCCAUUCCUGGACCUGUUCCUGAUGAACUAGUAGUUCCAACUACAGAAUCUAUAGGUGUCAAAUUACUGUUAAAGAUGGGAUGGCGGCAUGGUCGGUCAAUAAAGGAUUCAAAUAGUGAUGCACUGUAUGAUACUCGCAGAGAAGCUAGAAAAGCUUUUCUGGCGCUUUCCUCAGACGAUGCUCCAUCACAGCUGGGUGAAGGGAGUACUGAAAGUGGCCAUGAUCUACCUACUGAUGAUGAUAACCAGAUCUCCAAAAGCACACCGGCUUAUGUUCUCAACCCAAAGCAGGACAUGUAUGGUCUAGGCUACGAUCCGUUUAAGAAUGCACCUGAAUUUAGGGAAAUGAAAAGAUUACGAAAAUCUGGGAAUAGGGAGAUGGAUCUUCACAGGCCUCUUUCUAUGAAAGGGAAGGUUGCUCCUGGUUUUGGAAUUGGCGCUCUUGAAGAUCUGGAUGCAGAAGAUGAAGAUAUAUAUGCCUCAGGUUAUGACUUUGAAGAGACACACGUGCACGAAAUAGAAGAGCCUUCAAGACCACAUGUGGAGAACAUGCUAAUGUUAGAAGGAAGGGAACAUGGUGUUCUGCCAGGUUUUAAAGCUGCUUCAAAAUCCGACUCCAUAUCCGAGAGAUUUGAUCCUCCAGAAAUUCCGAAAGGUUUUGUUCCUCAGCAUAAGUUUCCUGCUCCUCUUGAAAUUGGCAGCAAGAGUGCUGACGCCCCUCCCUCAGAGGUGUCUCCUCCGGAGAAUAACAAUCUUAAGGUCUUGAUUGAAGGAGUGGCAACUCUAGUAGCUCGCUGUGGAAAAUUAUUUGAGGAUCUCUCUAGAGAGAAGAAUCAGUUAAACCCAUUAUUUGCUUUUCUUCAUGGUGGAGAUGGCUGUGAUUUUUAUGCAAGGAAGCUGUGGGAGGAGUGCCAGAAGCGUGGCAAUCAAACCAAACUGUGGGAUGGGAAAACGUUUCAGAAUUUACAUAAGAUGACAGCUGAAAGCCGUGGAAAAGUUCUAGGAGAAAAGGCCCUGCAAAGAAGCACAGAAGAUUCAAGCUCUGUGAUUGCUUCUGCUGAUGCUGUAAAUCUUCAGUUUAAUCUUUCAGAUACAUUCACUAAGCCUGCUUCACGUAACAAAGUCCAGGAAAUCGCAAAACCGUUCUCCGAUGAUCCUGCAAAGCAGAAAAGAUUUGAGCAGUUCUUGAAGGAGAAGUACCAAGGAGGUCUUCGAACUAAAGAUUCAGGUGGGGCAAGUGGAAUGUCUGAAUCUGCUCGUGCUCGUGAAAGAUUAGAGUUUGAGGCUGCCGCUGUGGCUAUAGAGAAAGAAAAAUUGGACAAAGAAAGCCAGGCUACUAGUCAGUUGCUUAAGGAUUUGACAGCCUCUGCAGGAUUGCAGUUUACUACUGGUGGAGUGGAGAAAGCUGAAGUUCAACAAGAUGAAGAAUUGAUAUCCAAAACAAUGUACCCAAAACGAGAAGAGUUUCAAUGGCGACCCUCACCAAUAUUAUGCAAGCGAUUUGAUUUAACUGAUCCUUACAUGGGCAAGCCACCCCCCGCUCCUCGUGUUAAGAGCAAAAUGGAUUCUCUAAUUUUCAUGCCCGAUUCUAUCAAAGCUACAAAUGUGGAAGAAAGUUCUGUUACAGAAGGGACCUCGUCUUCAGCUCCCAAAGUACAUGGUAAAGAGAAUGGCCAAGAAAAAACUGAGCAAGAAGCUGAGGUUGAGGUGGAGGUUGUAAACGUUGAGAGGCCUGUCGAUCUGUACAAGGCUAUAUUUUCUGAUGAUUCGGAUGAUGAAGAGGAAAUAAUUACUGAACCAAAUAAAAUUGAGAAUCCACAAAAGAAGAUUGAAGCUGCUAACACAGCUUUGAAUCGUUUAAUGGCUGGUGACUUCUUAGAAUCAUUGGGGAAAGAAUUGGGGUUAGAGGUUCCUCCUGAUAUGCCUCUGUCAGAAAAUAAAGCUGUUGUAAAACCGGCCCAGAAGGAAACUUUUGAUGCAAACAAAGCAAAUGAUGAAAAUAAGAUGUCUGUCACUCAAAAUGCUGUUAGUGAGAUUUUGGCAAGUCAAAAAAUUGGAGAGGAUAGACCAUCUGAUCUGAAGAUCACUCAGGCCCAGUUUUCCAACUUUGACACGCACGGGAACAAUAGUAGAAUAAUUGACGAUAGGUCAGUCGGAAAGGUUGCUAAAGAAGAUAGGAAUGCAAACACUCCCAAGCAUCAUAAAUUUAGCAAGAGCUCAUCAGAAGACGGAAGAAGUAGAAGACGCUCCCGGAGUCAUCGGCACAAAGACAGUAGUUCAGAUAGUGACACAUCUGAUACAUCUGAUGAUUACCCCGAUCGAUCCCGCUCAAGGUCGAAACGGAAAAAGAAUGGAUCCUCACGGGAGAAGAGUAGAAGCAGAAGACAUUCAAAGCACCACAAGCACAGGAGCAGAGACUCUCCUACCAGAUCUCGACGCAGUUCUGAAAAAGAACGUGAGGAUACCAAGAGAAAGAAGCGUGAAUACAAAAAUUGA